AGCAGCAUCAUCGGGCAGCGAACACCACCGAAGAAAGGCCAGGAGAUAAAACUAAAGAUUUCUGCUGAAACCCUGCAGCUUCUGUCAACUGCAAACAAGGCACCAAACUAAGACACAAUGAAAGUGGCUGUUGUUUUUGUUCUGCUGUUUGCCACAGUCCUCUGCAGGCCGGCAAAGAAAAUUCCCGACAGCAGUUCUGACAGCUCGGAGGAGGUGGUGAGACGACCAGCAGCUCCAGCUGUCAGGAAACAGACGCUAGUGGCUCCAAAGUUUCGACCAUCACCUGUGCAGAAAGUUGUAGCAGCACCUGCAGCAGGAUCAGAUGAGAGCACAGAGACCUCAGAGGAAGACCAGGGGGUGGCACCAGUUAAAGAUCCAGUAAAGUUCAAAGCUGUUAGUGCAGAUCCAGAUCCACUGACAGAGUCUCCUCCUGUCAACACAGAGGACAGCGAUGAUGAUGAUGACAAUGAUGAUGAAGGCGAGGAGAGUGAAACAGAUGAAGAUGAAUCCAACGACAGCUCGGACUCUGAGUCGGGCGAGUCCUCCACCCUCGCACCCAGCACCCUCAGCCCCACCAUUGUCACCGUGGAGCCCCUACCUGUAACCACCAUGGAUACCAUCUUACCUACCAUCGUCACCGACACCGACACAGGUCGCGGUGACAGUUUGGGAGGAUACCCCAGCGACUACAAAUCCAUCAUGUAUGUGGAAGAGAAAUCCUACCACAAGCUCCCUGUUUCCUACAAGUCCUACGAGGUUGUCAGCGCAGGAAAGAAGACUGGCUACGACAUGACUGUGGACAACGAGGUGGAGAAGUUACCAAAGGUGUACAAGGCUUUCCAGAUCCAGUCUGACGUCCUGGAGGAGGACACCAGCACCCCAGAGGUGGAGAGUCAGGGCCUUGACGUCUCCUCGGGAACAUCUCAGGACCAGGAGAUCAGCCCCCGCCAGGUCUCCCUCCCACAAGAGGAGAGUGCCACCACUGAGAGCGAGAGCAGCAGCACCCCAGAGGAAGAGGAGGAGGAGAGUGCCAGCACCACCAGCGCCAGUGCCGAGUCCGACGACGAGGAGAGCCAGAGCAGCGAGGAGGCAACGGCCACGCACGGGGCUGCCGACAACUACUCAGAGGAGAGCGACAGCGCUGAGGGUGACUCAGAUGAGGAGGGGGCAGCAGGACCCGACAUCAACACUGCCAUGCCAGCACUCGUCACUGCCAAAUAAACCACAGAGAACACGGAGCUUCAUCCUGGUUCUAAGACCCCCUCCCCCACUCUCCUGAGGCCACCUCUGCUGCAGGGUCAAACAGGGAAAACCACAGCACAGUUCCUGGUCAUUCAGCCAUCAUUUAUAUGAUUAAUUUCUGCUUAUCUUUUAC